AUGGUAGCCGCCUGCACAGUCGCUCUCUUGCUCUCUACGCUCGUUCUCGGCAAAUCCACCACACGUUCCUUGCAAGUUCAUGAAAGACGCGAUGAGGCACCGAAUGGGUUCACUCUCAAUGGUGCGGCAAAUGCGGACCAUACGCUGAGUCUACGCAUCGGUUUGGCGCAGAAUAAUCUCGUAGGUUUGUAUGACGCGCUGAACGAUGUGAGCGAUCCAUCGAGUGACAAGUACGGCCAGCAUCUGUCGAAAGAGGAGGUUGAAGCUUUUGUUGCGCCGACGUCGGAGAGCACGGAAGCAGUCACGGCCUGGCUCAACGAGCAUGGGCUGAACGCCACCGCAGUCUCACCAGCAGGAGACUGGCUUGCAGUCAACGUCUCCGUCGCGCAGGCUAACUCGCUCCUGCUUGCCGACUACUCGCUGUUCACGCACGACAGCACCGGCGCAGACACCAUCCGCACGCUCCAAUACUCUCUCCCUACGGACUUGCAGGCCCAUAUCGGCUGCGUUCACCCGACGACCACGUUUCCUUCGAUUAUCAACCACUCACCCAUUUUGGAGUCCUGGACGAGACGCGAGGACACUGGCGAAGUAGAAGCUCGCGCAGUCACGCCAUGCGGCUCUGGCAAUCCAAACAUGAUACCAGAGUGCCUGCAGGCGAUGUAUGGCAUCCCCACCACGCCGGCCACCCAGUCCUCGAACCAGAUCGCGGUGACAGGCUACGAUGGGAUCUAUGCCGAAGAAGCGGAUCUCCAGAGCUUCCUGACGACGUACCGACCCGAUGUUAGCAACUCCACGACUUAUACGGUGAUCAGCGUCAACAAUGGUACAGAUCCGCAAUGGAGAGAGAACGCGGGAACCGAGGCGAAUCUUGACGUGGAAUACGCCGUCGGCCUUGCCACCAACGUGCCCGCUUUCUUCAUGACCGUCGGCGGGUCAUUUGACGACGCGUUGCUCGAUGCCGCAAAUUACCUCUUGUCCAUGGACAACCCGCCUCAAGUCGUGUCCACCAGCUACGGUGACAACGAGAAUGUCCUCUCUGAGAACCUCGCGAAUUCCAUCUGCAACGCCUACGCUCAACUGGGUGCCCGAGGCGUCUCCAUCCUCUAUGCUUCGGGCGACGGAGGCGUCUCUGGCAACCAGGCUUCCGACAACUGCACGGAAUUCGUACCCGUCUUCCCUGCCAGCUGCCCCUACGUGACCACCAUCGGCGCAACCACCUCCCAGCCCACCGAAGUAGCCGCAAGCUUCUCCGGCGGCGGCUUCUCCAACUACUUCGGCCAGCCCGCCUACCAAUCUGACGCGGUCGCCUCCUACCUCUCCGCGCUCGGCUCGAACUCGAGCGGGCUCUUCAACGCCUCCGGGCGCGCGUACCCGGACGUUUCCGCUUACGGCACGCGGUACGACAUCAAGUCCGGCUCGGCGACGCUCAUCGUGAGCGGGACGAGCUGCUCGACGCCGACGUUCGCGGCGAUCAUCGCGCUCCUGAAUGAUCAGCUGCUGGGCGCGGGCAAGAGCGUGCUUGGCUUCCUGAACCCGUGGCUGUAUAGCACCGCGUCAGGGAUGGGCGCACUGAAUGAUAUCGUGGAUGGGAACAACCUUGCGUGCAGUGGGGGCACGACCGGGUUCUACGCUGCCCAGGGAUGGGAUCCUGUUACUGGGCUCGGCACGCCGAACUUCACUUUGCUUGCGUCGGCCGCAGGCCUAUGA